AUGUAUAAAUACAAUGAAGAUUGUGACCUUGUCGAUGUUGUUGUCAUCCUUCCUGGGUCUAAUGCCGUCACGGACUCUGAGUUCAACGACCUGAAAAGAACUGUGUUGCUCUUGAUUCGUGGGAUGGCGAUAUCUGAGUCUAAAACCAGGCUAGCGACAGUCAGCUAUGGAUCAGUGGUCGGCUCAUCGUCGACCUAUCUAUUGGGAGACCGGAUGAUUUUGGGUAGUUCUGUGAUGAGUAUGACAAAGGUUGGCGGAUCAAACGAUGUCGGGAGGGGCAUUGAGAUGGGAAGAUUACUACUAAACAACAAUAAACGUUACGAAGUACCUAGAAUUUCUGUUGUAAUAUAUAAAAACGUGAGCAUGCCAGCGAUGAUAGAGGCCCAACAACAUGCAGAUAAAAUGGUCGAUGACGGUAUUAGAGUUAUAUCCAUCGGGAUCGGUUCAAGUGUACUAAGCCAUUUAGCCUUGAGUCAAGAGUUGGCCUACAACUUCACUUCAACGAAGAAGUUGCUCAGUUCUUUCCGAGAAAUUCCAAAGUAUAUUUGCAAAGCCAUCCAAACACCAAAUCAGCAAUCAGAGGUGGCAUUAUCUUCUACUACCAUGUCGUCUAUAGAUGAAAAGCAAACUACCAAAGAUUACAAAGAAAUUCCUGAAAUAUGUAAAAGAGCGAAGUGGGUGAAUGGUGUUGGUUACGCUGCAGUAGAAGGGGACUUACGAGCGUUUGCAAUGUGCUUCAAAGGGCUUCAUAACGUGAUGAAGGUGUCAUACAAGGAGUGUCCUCAAGGUCAGCACUGGAGCAAAGAAGAAGUUACUUGUGUUCGGAUUACUAGAGUAGAAACCCCCCAAGAGGUUACCUCUCUCUGUCAGCUGAUGCCUGUAUAUGGUUCACCAAACAAAUUUAAACAACGUACAGGGUUUGGCUCGUUGAAAGAGUUUGAGUGUCCGGCUGGAACAGUAUUCAAUAACGAAACGUGUGGAUGUUCCACCUUUAACAUCUCUGAAUACAUGGCAAAGCAGCAGCAAGAGUCCAACACAUGUACACCAGAGCUUUACUUGCCAUUUUGUGGUGAUUUAAACGAUUUUUCCGGCAAAAAUACAUAUAUACAAGAAAUUGGUCACGUUAGACUUCGAGAGGGAAAGGCAUAUUUUGACGGAAAGUCUUAUCUUUUUAUUCCAAGAUUCACUGGGAUAAAAUACGGCGAUACAGUUGUCAUUAAACUUAAAUAUUUAGCUAAAGAUGAGGAAAAAUACGUAAAUAUUGAAGAUAAAUCGCCGUCGCUUACACAAUUUUCCCUGAUUUCAAAUGGCAUUUGCCAUGGAAAGAGAUGUGAGACUCCAUCUUCAAUAUCCAUAGGUGGCAAAAAAGGAGCAACGAUAUUUAAUGUCGUUAGUGCUGGCGACACCUCUGCAUCUUAUUACAUUGUAUCAGAACACAUUAGGCACAAAAGACAGGUUUCGGAAGAUGGUGGUAUGCAAGUGGAACUGGUUCAAAUUCACCAGGAACCAAUGGCUGCUAGCGCGAUUUACCAAGAAAACAAUUUGUCUUCAGAUGAACCAAUUGGUAUAGAAGACAGUGAAGAAAUUCGAGACGAUGAACCACAGAUAUAUGAUAUAGAAAUUCCAGAUCGUAUUCCAGUUUCAAAUUCUGGUGCAGAACAGCAAUUUGAAGCUUUUCAAUUUCAGCCAAGUCUUAAAAGCUUUGUGACUGAUACAACCGAUAAUGAUUAUGAUAUAAUUUUAGAACCUAACGAUAUAAUCAAUAUUCAAAUUCCCACAACAGCGGUCCCAAAACCUUUUACCGAAAAAAGUAUCAAAUUUGAGAGCAAAAUACAGUUGGAAAAUACAGAAACUGGCACCAAAAAGGACGAACUUGAGGAAACAGACGAAAGUAAAGUAACAGACAACGAGGAUAAUACAACCGAGAAUUUCGACAUCAUAUUUAAUAGUUCAGACACUAACGAUAUAAGAGAAUUGAUUCAUGAAAUUAAAGGAUCGAUUCUGAAGGAAGAAUCUGACUCGAAUACAAGCAAGUAUGUUGCAGUGGACGACAGUGACAUGCAAGAUAUUCAAGAAAAUGUCAACUAUGAUAUACUUAUCGGUAAUUCUGAAGAAGGUAUUGGUGAGUUAUUGAGUAAUAUUUUAAAGGGAAAUAAUAAGCAUAAAGAUCAGGAUUACAUAAAAAUAGGAAAAUCUUUUUCUUCUGAAAUGAACGUAGGUAACAGAGACAAUAGCACGGACUCGGAGGAAAUCGACACAUCAGUUAAUGACCUCAAUAACAAUCCUGAAGAUCUUUUUUCAGAUGAAAUAACCUUUGAAAAUGAUGCAACCAUUGAAACUGAUCUCGGACUCGAUCUCCCGAGCAAAGUAAGCACGAACAGAUUGGAAGUCAGAGAUUUUGACUUGAUAUUAAAUGAUACUUCAUCUUUUAAUCUCAAAAUGAUUGAUGCAAGCGAGGAAGAAGAGGAUGAUGUAAACGAAAAUAAAAUAACGUCUUUAGAGGUGAAUGAAUAUAAUACCUCAACAGAAAACAAUAACAAUGUGACAUCCUUGAAAGUAGAUGAGUACGAUAAUUCAGAGGAGGAGAGAUACAAUGUAACGUCAUUAGGGGUAGAUGAAUAUGAUACUUCAACAGAAAAAAGAGAUAAUGUAACAGCAUUAGAGGUAGAUGAAGAUGAUUCAUCGACAGAAAAAAAUAACGAUGCGACAUUAUUGGACGUAGAUGAAUACGAUGAUUCAGAGGAGGAGAAUGACAAUAUAACGUCAUUAGUGGUAGAUGAAUACGAUACAUCAACAGAAACAACGGACAAUGUCACAUCCUUGGAAGUAGAUGAAUAUGAUACUUCAACGGAAAUUAGAGACAGUGUGAAAUUGUUAGAAAAUGGCAAUAAUACUGAAACAGCAACUCCAAAAGACGACUCAUCUAUAAACUCAGAAACUGAGACUAAAAAAAAAGGUAUUUGGAGAUCAGUGAUUUUAAAAAUCAAAGACGGCGUCAUUCAAGCUUCAGUUGACGGAAGGAAAGAAGAUGAAAGAUAUUUCUCAGGACAAAUAAGGACUACACAAACGGGGUUUUACAUAGGAACCGGAACUGGUGGUCAAAACUUCAAAGGUUAUAUAGACGAGGUGUAUAUCUACUUUUGUGAUCCUGAUGAAGAAACACUAGACGAAAAAUACCGAAAGUUAUUGAAGGAAAGGCGAUUUCGUGAAUUAACGGACAGGAAACAAAAUUCAAGAUAUUCAGCUUGUGAUUUUGUUAAUCCUAGAGCACAUGAAUGGUUACAAACCAGAAAGUAACCUGUAUAAGACUCUAUUCUAAUGACUGGAAUAUAUUUUGUGAAUAUAUUUUGUUGCUUUUAAAUAAAUCCAAAUCCUCUGUUUUACAACAAAAAUAUACUGGUUUUCCCA